AUGGCACCCCUCGUCCCCUGCUUCAAUGCGGAAACCCUGCCCGACCAUGUCAACACGAUUCGGCGCAAUUUCCAAGACAAGCGCCGCAAAGGCCCCGAUGUGAAUCUAAAGGAAUGCCAACUUCUCGAAAUGCUUCAGUACUCCUGCAAUCCGCCACAAGAGGAGAUUCCCAAGCCUGGGGUCAUAGUGUGCAAACCAGUCGUCCGGUUAUUUCGACGCUGCGCCGGCGGACUGACAGUCGAGACUACAUCCUGGGAACCUCUCAGGCAGGCAGACGAGGCGAGGAAACAGACGGGGACUACAACACCAUAA